AUGGUCACGGCAUUUGAAGUGGCCAACAACGAGAUACUCGUGACCCUGGAUUCCGACACUAUUCUCGACAAGCAUACUCUCCGGAACUUGGUCAGUCCCUUCGUCCUAGACCGCGACGUCGGAGGCGUCGCCGGGCACCUUUCCGUCUUCAACAUCCAAUCUCAAGGGUGGGACAGCUUCAUCCCUCGCAUCCUUGACUGCCUCUUUGAACAAAAUGGCAACAUCCCGCGAGCGGCGCAGUCAAAACACGGGUUCGUCACCAUUCUCCCAGGCGCCAUCUCCGCGUUCCGCAGAGAGGCCAUCCUGCCGCACACCAAGGCCCUUGUGGACACGAGAUUCCUCGGGCGUCCGAUGAGGCACGGCGAGGACGUCCAGCUCACGAUGGGACUCCUGCGCGAUGGCUGGCGUCUCAAGUAUCAGAGCAACGCUGUUGGCUACACGGUCGCGCCCGAGACGUUUCUGAAGGCUUUCCUCAUCCUUUCGCGAUGCGGUGAGGUUCUUCGCUCGAUGCUUUGCUCGGCCGUGUUCGAGCGAGCCUGA